AUGCCUCCUGUUGCCAACGUCCCCAUGGGCGGCCAGCAUGGCCCGUCCAACUUUGACAAGUUCAAAAUGGGAGCCAUGAUGGGAGGGACUGUCGGCGUCAUCAUUGGCUUCAUCUACGGCACGGUGAGCAUUUUCAGACAUGGCGCAGGAUCGCAAGGAGUCUUCAGAACUCUUGGACAGUUUAUGGGUGCUUCUGGCGCUACGUUUGGUUUCUUCAUGUCCAUCGGUAGCGUUAUUCGAUCCGACGCCGAUCCCAAACUUCGCGAAGCUUACAUGCGAGCGCACCGAAGACCAAUCAUCAUGAUGGCGAGUCCAGCCUGGAGGAAGAGCUCAUGA